CGUUGAGAAUGUCCCAAGGACAAAAGGAUACCAUCAUACAUUUGGUAGCUGGCGGAACUGCUGGUACAGUUGGUGCUGUGGUAACAUGUCCAUUAGAAGUCGUCAAAACCCGUCUACAAAGUUCAACAGCAUUUUUAACACCGCCACGGAUAGAACACAAUUCAACGACAAAUGCAUCCUCCGAAUUGCUGCGACCUGAACAGAGACGUAAACUUAGUACGACAAUAUUACGUAACAGGUCCCAACCACAGGUGAUUGGGGGUGUUCGUAGGAUAAUGGCAAUAUCACACUGCGGCAUCUCAUCGACAUCCACCAAAAGUAUGAGCAUAAUACAGUGUUUGAGACACAUAGUACAAAAUGAAGGGCCUAGAGCAUUGUUUAAAGGUUUAGGACCGAAUCUCGUUGGCGUGGCGCCAUCACGUGCAAUUUAUUUUUGCACAUAUUCAGAAACCAAAAAUUUCCUUAAUAAGUUAGGAUUAGUACAACCCGAUUCUCCACAAGUUCAUAUAAUGAGUGCAGCUAGUGCCGGUUUUGUUUCCUCUUCCCUAACCAAUCCAAUUUGGUUUGUUAAAACACGUUUACAAUUGGACUAUAAUUCAAAAGUGAAAAUGACCGUCAGACAGUGUAUACAACGUGUUUAUGCCAGCGGUGGCAUAGCAGCCUUCUACAAGGGUAUUACGGCGAGUUAUUUUGGUAUCUGUGAAACGAUGAUACAUUUUGUUAUCUAUGAAUUCAUCAAAUCCAAAUUGAUUGAACGACAAAAUAAACGUUCAACGGAUACCACAAAAUCUUCUCGAGAUUUCCUUGAAUUCAUGAUGGCUGGUGCCAUAUCAAAGACUGUUGCCUCCUGUAUUGCAUAUCCCCAUGAAGUUGCACGAACACGACUGCGUGAAGAAGGCAAUAAAUAUAACACAUUUUGGCAAACAUUACAUACUGUCUGGAAGGAAGAGGGUCGACCUGGUUUAUAUAGAGGCUUAGCUACACAACUUGUGAGACAAAUACCAAAUACCGCUAUACUGAUGGCGACAUAUGAAGCUGUGGUUUAUGUAUUAACGCGACGUUUUAAUAGUAAAAGUAAUGAAUUCUAUGACUUUUAAGAAGAAG